GAGAGAGGGAGAAGAGAGCGAGCGAGAGGGGGGAGAGAGACUUUUUUCUUUCUCCAUAGAUCUGAUUUUUUUUUUUUUCGUUUUCCAUAUAUUUUUGUUAGUUUGAUUAUAUUGGAAUCAUGGCCGUCGAUCUGGAAUCUUUGUCGGAGGCAACAUCAGGGGCCGUCGGAGCCCUGAUAAGCACUACCAUUCUGUACCCGCUUGACACUUGUAAGACAAAGUACCAGGCCGAAGUUCAAUCUCAAGGCCACCAGAAGUACAGGAACCUUUCUGACGUUUUGUGGGAAGCAAUUUCUAACCGUCAGGUUCUCUCAUUGUACCAAGGGCUUGGGACCAAGAACUUGCAAUCAUUCAUAUCACAGUUUGUGUAUUUUUACGGUUAUAGCUAUUUCAAACGGCUGUAUUUGAGAAAAAGUGGAGCCAAAUCUUUAGGAACAAAAGCAAACUUGAUUAUUGCUGCAGCUGCUGGGGCAUGCACUGUCGUAGUAACACAGCCACUGGACACAGCGUCAUCCAGGAUGCAAACAAGUGCCUUCGGGAAGUCCAAAGGACUUUGGGAAACCUUGUCAGAGGGUUCAUGGAGUGAGGCAUUUGAUGGGCUUGGCAUCUCUCUUCUAUUAACCACGAAUCCUUCAAUUCAGUACACAGUAUUUGAUCAGCUGAAGCAGAGACUACUGAAGAAGAAACAGAGCGAAAAAAUGGGGUCAGCAGGUGUGGAUUCGUCACCUGAAGCUCUUUCAGCCUUUUCAGCUUUUGUUCUUGGUGCUCUUUCAAAGAGCAUUGCUACCUUUUUGACGUAUCCAGCAAUCAGGUGUAAGGUCAUGAUCCAGGCUGCGGACACGAAAGAUGAGACCAAGCCAGCCCAAUCUAAGCCAUCCAACAAAACGGUUUCGGGAGCAAUACAUGCUAUAUGGAAAAGGGAGGGGAUUCUGGGUUUCUUCAAGGGCUUGCAUGCUCAGAUCCUGAAAACAGUUCUGAGCUCCGCCUUGCUUCUGAUGAUCAAGGAAAAGAUCUCAAAGAGCACAUGGGUCUUGAUACUGGCCCUCCGGAGGUUUGUCUUGGUCACCCGCGGUGAAUUGAAGAGUGCUUGAUUCGAAACAGACAUAGACAUUAUUUCCAUGUUCUCCCUGUAAAUAAUAAAAUGGCUGUUUGAUUUUCAAUAACCCCGAGAAGAGUUUGUGGAAUAGGCAAUAAGCAUCCCAUCGGAAAUCAUAGCACAAUGAAUUGUUGGAAUAUUUAGAUCUUAAUAUCAUGUUUCAUUUUCAA